AUGUCGACUCCUUGGGCCAGUAAGCUCGCCUCUAGCGCCAAGACGCUGCCUCCACCCGCGCCUGAGAAUAAGUACAACGUUGGCGAAGUCCUGGCCUACCUUUCCGACACCUUCAAUGCACACGUCCAGGAAGCCAAGCAGGACAAAGCAGGCGAGACAAUCAAGACUUAUCGGUCGUUGGAGGCGUCGUCGCAGUGGAAGACCACCAAGCCUGCACGCAAGGAGGCAGCCAUGGACUUGAUGGCAGAGUUGAACAAGUCGUUGGCGAAGGUACAGUAG